ACAGUUUAACUUUCUUCCUUGUACAUUUUUACUUGCAUUAAACACCAACAGCUAAAUCCAUUACAAGUUCACGUUCCAUCAACAACAAUAUUUACAAAACCAACUUUUACAUUCACAUACUUUAGUCAGGAACGUUUUGUCUAACUCAGAAAUAUAAACAUGGCUGUUAAAGUUCCUUGUGUUGUCAUUGACAAUGGAUCGUAUACAUGUAAAAUUGGCCUUGGACGUGAUGUUGAACCGAGAAUUUUCAUUCCUUCACGUAGCGGUUAUUGCAAUGAUCAGAGUGAAAUGAUUGGAAAUGAACUCAAAGACUACAAUGUUAUAAAUAAAUUUGGAUACAAUACAAGUGUUCUUAACUUGAAGCAUCCUAUUGAACGUGGUGUCAUUACCAACUGGGAUGAUAUGGAGAAGAUUUGGUUGCAUGCAUUCAAAGAGUUGAAAGUUGCACCUGCAGAAAGCUCUGUCUUGUUGACUGAGGCUGUUUUUAACCCCAAGUACAACAGAGAAAAGAUGGCCGAAAUUAUGUUUGAAAAGUUUAACACUCAUGCAUUAUGUAUUGCUGAUCAGGCUUCACUGUCCCUUUAUGCUUCUGGUCGUAACACAGGUAUGUCUGUGAAUGUAGGUCAUGGCAUCACCCAAAUUGUCCCUGUCUAUAAAGGGUCAGUUAAACGAGAAGCUGCUGUCCAGUGGGAGUUUGGUGGUGUGGACAUGACAGAUUACCUUACGAGUAUGUUGACUGAACGUGGUUAUUCCUUUGACAGUCCUUCUCAGACAGAAACUGUCCGUAACAUCAAAGAGAAGUGUUGUUAUGUUGCUCUAGACUUUGAACAGGAAAUGCAGACUGCAGCCUCUGAGAAAUAUAAAUUACCUGACAAGCAAGUCAUUACCAUUGGCAAUGAACGAUUCCGUACCCCGGAACUUCUGUUCCAGCCAAGUUUAAUUCAUGAGGGAUCUGAGGGUAUUCAUGUAAGAAUUCGUGAUUCAAUCAUCAAAUGUAAUAGGUGGAUUAAAAUGCCUCAAUUUCAUAAAAUUGUAUUGUCCGGUGGUUCGACAACAUUCAGAGGCUUUGCCCAGCGCCUAAGAAAAGAAAUGAGUUCCAUUCUGGCACCUGCAACGAUAUUUAAGAUUAUUGAUCAUGGAGAACUUAAAUACGCUACAUGGCUUGGUGGUGCUGCAUUGGCUAGUUUGUCUAUCUUUAAAGAUUGGUGUAUUAGCAGAGAAGAAUAUAAUGAACAUGGCUCAAAUAUUCUCGAUAAAAAAUAUACGUAAUAUGUAUGUGUCAUUGAUAUAUAUAUAUAUAUAUGAUAUAAUAUAAUAUAAAUCCAGUUCUGUGUGUUUGUGUGUGUGUGUGUGUGGAUGUGCGUAAAAGAUUAUAACGGCUGUAUUGUUCAACUGAUUUUACUCCAAAGUGGGAACAGAUAUUACUUAUGUUCCAGGGAUGGACCAAGAUUCCAAGCACUUCCAAAUACAAAAUUAGACAAUACAACGCUGCACUAAAGAUAAUAUCAUUUGGAGUCACAAAAAAUUUAACUGAGUCAGGAUUCAUGCAAUCUUUCAGGAUCCAAAGUCAGAUUUAUCAUCGGAUUGCCUCUUUACUACCUCUGUCCAAUGAAUCACCAAAAUCAGCCUUUCAUUGUUUAUAAUCUGUACAUGUUCUUUGGUUACGAAAUAAGCUACCAAAAACAUAUUUUUUUAAUUAUGUGUAGUUACUUUAUAUACAUAUAUGAGCUGAAGACUUUCUUUUAACAUUUCACUUAACGUCUGUGUUCCAUGCUGGCAUGGGUUGGAGAGCUGUUAAUUUGGAAAGUUGGAAUUGCAGCUACCAGCAGUUGAGAACUACGUAAUCUAGCCAGCGAUUUUAAAUUUCAUUAUUCUCUUUAACCCAGGCAAUGCUGGG